UCCUCACCUCACCCUCCCAUUUCCUCACCACCUCUCUAGCUAGCUAUCUCUCUCUCUCUCUCUCUCUCUCUCUUUCUCUCUCAAAAGGAAAAAAAAUGGCACUUGUUGGACUUCUCUUCCUGGUGUUUCUCUCUUUGGGUUCGUGUGUUUAUGGAUAUGGUGGAGGUUGGAUUAAUGCCCAUGCCACUUUCUAUGGGGGUGGUGAUGCCUCUGGUACAAUGGGUGGGGCUUGUGGGUAUGGAAACCUAUACAGCCAGGGAUAUGGGAUAAACACAGCAGCUUUGAGCACAGCAAUGUUCAACAAUGGACUGAGCUGUGGGGCUUGUUUUGAGAUUAAGUGUGUGAAUGACCCAAAGUGGUGCCUACCUGGUUCAGUUGUGGUCACUGCUACAAACUUAUGCCCAGCAAACAUCAACCUCCCUAACAAUGAUGGGGGUUGGUGCAACCCUCCUCAGCACCAUUUUGAUCUCUCUCAGCCUAUCUUCGAAAAGAUUGCUCUAUACAGAGCUGGGAUUGUUCCUGUGGCUUACAGAAGGGUCCCUUGCCGAAAGAGAGGGGGUAUCAGAUUCACCAUUAACGGCAAAGGUAACUUCAACCUAGUCUUAAUCACCAAUGUUGGAGGUGCUGGUGAUGUUCAUGCUGUCUCUAUCAAAGGCUCAAGAACCAAUUGGCAACCAAUGUUCCGAAACUGGGGUCAGAAUUGGCAAAGCAAUAGUUACCUCAUUGGACAAGCUCUCUCUUUUAAGGUCACCACAAGUGAUGGUCGCACUGUGGUUUCUAACAAUAUUGUCCCUGCUGGUUGGGCCUUUGGCCAGACCUUUAGUGGUCUUCAAUUCCCAUGAAAAACUAUAAAAUGACAUUUAUAAGGAGCUAGGUGAAAAAAAAAAAAAAAAA